UGUGGUUGCAGGAACAGUGAACCAUUGCACCUUAUAUAAUGUAAGACUGACCUUCUCCUUCUACUUCAUUGUAUCUCUACUCUCCACAUUUCUCCUUUACUCAAAUAGCCUAACUUUUUUUUUCCUUCCCACAAAUCUCUCUUCUCUCUCUCUCUCUCUCUCCUUUUCUCUCUCCCCAUUAUAAUCGAUCACCACUCAUCCGUAGUUACAUCAAGCCCCAUCUCCAAUUAAUACUUGUUCUAAUUAUUCACUCUAUCUUUCUCCCUAUCCCUCUAGGCUAGGGCCAUGGAUUUCCAACCAAACACCUCUCUACAUCUAAGCCUACCAAGCAAUCAACUAAACCUAGAACUUGUACUCGAGCCAUCCUCUUCUUCUUCAUCAUCACCUCAUAGUCCGGCAGAACCUCGAAUUUUCUCAUGCAACUACUGCCGAAGAAAGUUUUAUAGCUCACAAGCUCUUGGGGGUCACCAAAAUGCUCAUAAGCUUGAGAGAACCUUGGCCAAAAAGAGCCGAGAGAUGAGUUCAUCCGUACGGGCUCAUGGAAGAUCGAACCCACGGUCAGGAUCGUCUUCUUGCAUGAGUGGGCCAAGCUUUCCUCGACAUCAUGAACCAGCCCUAGCAAGGUUCGAGCACCAUGGACAUGCUGGUAGGUUUGUUGGUGACGCGAGCUAUGACAGGACAGAGAUGAAUUAUGGUUCCAUAGAAGGUGUAGGGGGUUCUUGGUCCCUGGUAUAUAGAACAGAAAAUGUUCAAGAAGAGUUGAGCCAGCUAGAUUUGUCUUUAAGGCUUUGAAAUCUUGUAGUACUUCUAACUUCAUUUUCGAAGAUUUCUUUUUUAUUGUUCA